CCACGUCUCCAGCAAAGAUGGAGGAGCAGCUGAGGCGGUGACACCGCGGGUCCGUCUCUCUCCGCCUCCCCCUCUCUCUCUCUCUCUCUCUCUGUCUCUGUCUCCGCGUCCCUCUGGUAAAUAAUCCUCUGGGAAAGGUUAUGUUGUGAUACUGCCUUUUGGCCCUAAUACAAGGUUGAGAAUGUCCUGGUUUACUGAUCUUGCCGGGAAGGCAGAAGACUUCUUGAACAAAGUAGACCAGGGAGCAGCACUGUUGGUGAAGCCGACUGAUGAAGUAACUGCUACCAAGACUUUUAAUCUUGAAGCCAGUUCUUCCACGCAAUAUUCUGCACUGAAUGAGCAGACUGUUGAGUCCGAUCACCAAGCUCAUGCCACUGUCAAUUAUGUCUCAUCUGCUGCCAGUAAUAUCAAGAGACAGAAGACCACUCUGCUUGCUGGAACCGCUAAUGCACCCAAUACAGCACGGACCUUUGAAACCACGGCUGUUACUUCUGCGAACUCUUCUCUAAGCAGACCCUCAGCACAGUUUGUAAGACCAAAAAAGAUUGAGCCAAAUGACGACCAACUCUUUGACUUUCUAAAUAGUUCAGAGAAGUCAUUAAAUGGAAGGGUGGAGAGCAAACGAGAGAUCGCAAAACCCUCCACCCCACAAAGUCAUUCUCGGACUUCCAGUCUCAGUUCAAUAUCUACCAGCACCAUGAGUAUCAAGACAACGGAGGAAAGCUCUGCCAGGGAUGAUCCUAAUACUGGCCAAGAUGUUUCAGAUAGCUCUUACGUCAGUUUUGGAACACAAAUGGAAGCUUCAAAAGAGGAACCACCAAAUAAUGCACCCAGCUCAGGUCUGUCCUCCAAAGAUGAGAAUCACUCCCCAGAACUGUCAAACCUUCGCCUUGAGAACCAGCUACUGCGGAACGAGGUCUCAUCCUUAAAUCAAGAAAUGGCAUCAUUGAUUCAGAGGUCGAAACAGACACAGGAAGAUUUAAACAAAUCGAGGAAGCAAAUUGAGAGGUGGAACUCUGAGAACUCAAAGGCUGACAGGCUGAGCAGAGAGCUGCGUGCCCAGGUAGAUGACCUGACUGAGGCACUGACUGCCAAGGAUUCUCAGCUGGCUGUGCUCAAAGUGAGACUGGAAGAGGCUGAUCAACUACUAAAAUCUCGCACUGAAGCAUUGGAUACAUUGCAAAGUGAAAAAAACAGAAUACUACAGGAUCACACCGAUGGGAGUAACAUAAACAAUCAAGCUUUCCAGACAGUCCAAGAACGCCUGCUGGAAACUGAAUCAGUGCUCAAGCGAGAACAGGAGAGUUACAAACAAAUGCAGAAUGAAUUUGCAGGUAGACUCAGUAAAGUAGAGGCAGAGCGGCAGAGCCUCGCUGAAGCAUUGACUGUGGCUGAGAGAAAGGCUAUUGAGGAAAAAAGAAGAGCAGAUGAUCAGCAACACCAGCUCAAAGGUGUUAAAAAUAGCUUGGACUCCGUUAAACAGGAGCUGGUAGAUUACAAGCAAAAAGCUUCCAGGAUCCUACAGUCGAAGGAGAAGCUGAUUAACAGCCUGAAGGAGGGUUCAGGGAUUGAGGGGCUGGAGAACCAUGCCAUCAGCACCAUGGAGAUGGAGGAGCUGAGGCAUGAACGAGACCUACAGAGAGAAGAGAUCCAGAAACUGCUCGGUCACAUCCAGCAGCUGAGGACAGAGCUGCAGGAUACAGAGGCCCAACAAGUGGGAGAGGCUGAGGCAUCCAGGGAACAAGUUCAAGAACUACAGGACCAGGUCAACGUACUAAAUGGGGCCAAGAGGGAAGUGGAAACUGAGCUGGACCGACAGAAACAGGAGUUUCAAUACACAGAAGAAGAACUUCACCGCACUAAGAACAUGCUGCAGAGCAGAAUAAAGGACAGAGAGGAUGAAAUUCAGAAGCUUAGGAACCAGCUAACAAAUAAGGCAUUGAGUAAUAGCCAUGUGGAACUGGAGAACCGACUGCAUCAACUGACCGAGACGUUGAUUCAGAAGCAGACAAUGCUGGAGGCUCUGAGCACUGAGAAGAACUCGCUCGUCUUCCAGCUUGAGCGUUUCGAGCAGCAGCUUAAGAGUGUUCAGGGCAACACUAUCAAUGGCACUGCCAUCAACGUAUCUGCAUUGGAGAGCAGUGAAGGUGCUCGGAUGAGGAAUGUUCCAGAUCUUUUCAAUGAAGCGGAUGGAGUUACAGCUGGAAUGUACGGAAAAGUUCGCAAAGCAGCAAAUACAAUAGAUCGAUUCAGCAUCCGUUUAGGAAUCUUUCUGAGGCGUUAUCCCAUAGCAAGGAUAUUUGUAAUUAUUUACAUGGUGCUUCUACACCUUUGGGUCAUGAUAGUGCUUCUGACGUACACACCAGAGGUACAUCACGGUUCCUUCCAACCAGGUGGCAAGUGAAAACAAAGACUGGAUGCACCAGCGAAGGAACUGGAUUUUUUAAAAAUAUAUUUAUGUAGCACAUUCUACAGACCAAUAAGUCCAUACAUACUAUAAAACUGGCUUGCUGCUGGCUUUGAUCAGGAGAAUAAUAUUUCCAAAUUAACACUCUGUGAGGGUUUAAUUAUUUUAUUUUUGGCAUUUUAUUCUUUGCACUUUUUUUUCUUCUCUUAAUUGGCCCCUGUACAUACAAAUUCAGCUGUGUAGGAACAUUGCAGGACAGAUAUGACUUGUGCAAUAUCAUUAAAUAAACUUAAGGCAAAUAACGUUGA